AGUGAAGAUUUUUUAGAACGGAUGAAGUAUGUAUAUUUGUGUGUAUGUAUAUAUAUGCAUGACCGGGGCGGGGCGGCAUCUUCAAUUCAACUCAAUUCAUCGAUCGAUAUAUAUAUAUAUAUAUAUAUAUAUAUAUAUAUAUAUAUAUAUAUAGAGAGAGAGAGAGAGAGAGAGAGAGAGAGAGAGAGAUGAAUAUGGAGCUGCCGCUGGCGACGGCGUCGGCGAUGUUUCCGGGGUUCCGGUUCUCGCCGACAGACGAGGAGCUAAUAUCUUACUACUUGAAGAAGAAGGUGGAAGGUGGCAGCAGCAGCCAUAGCAGCAGCAGCCUCCAACUUAUCUCCGAGGUCGAGAUUUGGAAGCACGAGCCUUGGGACUUGCCAGCCAAGAGUGAGAUUCAAUCGGAGAAAGAGUGGUUCUUCUUUUCGCGACGGGGAAGGAAGUACCCGAACGGGUCGCAGAGCAGGAGAGCAACGGAGAGCGGUUACUGGAAGGCGACGGGGAAGGAGAGGGACGUGAAGUCGACGGGUUCUGGGUCGGGAUCAAACGUGAUCGGGACAAAACGGACCUUGGUGUUCCACAUUGGCCGCGCGCCUAAAGGACAACGCACUCCAUGGAUUAUGCACGAGUACUCCAUCAUCAAUCCUACCAAAUCUCAACUUCAGGAUUCAAUGGUUGUGUGCCGCCUUCGGAAGAACAGCGAGUUUCAAUUGAACGAGACGACUACCCGAACUCGGGAGAACAACCUUAACGCAACAAUGACUUUGUCUGAAGCGGAUGGUGUGGAGAGUUCUCGUGGAGGGAACGUUGCCCCAGCAGGGUAUAGCGGCUCAAGAGAGUCCAGCGGUAGCCUCAGCUCUCACUCUGUGGAGCUGAUUGAGUCCAAAUCCGAUGAGAAGUCGAUGAAUGAAAUCCAAAGAUUGCAGCCUUCUGAACCACAUCCACAGGAGUCGGUAGAUGGAGACGAGGAGUGGUUUGCUGAUAUAAUGAAUGACGACAUCGUGAAGCUCGACGAUUCUACUUCACUCAUGAAGCAUCAACGGCCAGCGACGUGCGAUGAGGGUCUUGGUAGUGAUAAUAAUCUCACAUCGUCACACCACCUCAACCACAACAACAACAACAACCACUUGUUUCCCUCCCAAGGCACGGCAAAUCGGAGACUGAGACUUAUAAUAAAGGAACCGACAGCCAGGGGACAUCCCGAAUCACCACGCCAAGGAAGAAGGUGUUGGGUCCGUCGCUUGUUUAGGUUGUCACGCGGCAGAAGCUCCGCGAUGAAGCUGCUGCCGCAGCACAACCGCCGCCAAUCCAACUCUCCAUGUUAUUACUACCUGAUGUCUUUGGCCAUACUUGGCCUUGUCAUUCCAAUGCUCUUUUGUUGUUUGGGUUAGUUUCUUCACUUCAUUGGGAGGGUUUCAUAUGUGUAUCACAAUGAUGAUCAAGACAAACUGAUGAAUGCAAUAGUUUGCAAUCUAUGACCAUUUGAAAGUGUGUGGAUGAAUUGAAUUUCAAGA